AUGGACGGUGCAGCCACGAUCCCCGACCACAGCCUCGCGAGCGUGUCCUCGCUCGAGGGCCAGCUCGUCCCCACCCGCCUCCACCCCGAGUCGGCUCAAUCAGCAACCUCGACCCGCCGUGCGCUCCUCGCAGGCGACGCACGCCCAGAUGCAGUCGACCUGAGCCACCACCUGAGCGACAUGGCGAAGAGCCGCCUCACGUCGCCGCUCAAGUCGUUGUACGGCUACAUGCAGCAGCCUGGCAUGCUCCUGCUCGCCGGCGGCCUCCCUCCCGCCGAGCUGUUCCCCUUCGAGUCGAUCUCGGCCGAGACGCUCGCCAAGAACUCGUUCAAGACGACCGAGGUCGGGUUCGGCGCCUGGCUCUGGAGCUGGAUCGCCGGCACCAAGAAGACGGACCUGUGGACCCUCAACAAGUUCGACGCCGACAAGACCAAGAUCCAGCUCUCGUCGGCCCUCCAGUACGGCACCGCUGCCGGCCUUGCGCCCCUCGCCAAGUUUAUCCACGAGUUCACCGAGCGCGUGUACCAGCCCGGCACGGCCGACUUUCGCACCGUCAUCAACGCGGGCUCGACCGACGCGUGGGGCAAGAUCGCGACGACGCUCAGCAACCCGGGCGACGGCAUCCUGUGCGAGGAGUGGACCUACCCGUCAGCAUUGGCGUCCGUCUGGCCGUCGGGGCUCAAGCCCGUCACGCUCCUGAUGGACAACGAGGGCAUGACGCCCGAGGGCAUGGACGACCUCCUGAGCGCCUGGAACCCUGACGAGCGCGGCGGCAUGAAGCGCCCUCGCAUCUUGUACACCAUCCCUGUCUGCCAGAACCCGACGGGCGCCACCAUGAGCCUCGAGCGCAAGAAGGCCAUCUACGCCCUCGCCGUCAAGUACGACGUCAUCAUCGUCGAGGACGACCCCUACUACUUCCUCCAGGCCGGCGAGUACGAACCGGUCCCCAAGAUGCGCGCCGCCAAGCAGCCCAAGAAGACUGAGACGGACGAGGAGUUUCUCGCGAGCCUCGUCCCGUCGUACCUCAAGCUCGACUACCAGGGCCGCGUCGUGCGCAUCGACACCUUCUCGAAGACCAUCUGCCCUGGCUCUCGCCUCGGCUGGACGACCUGCAACCCGCUCUUCGCCGAGCGUCUCGAACGCGCCAACGAGUCGUCGACUCAGGCGGCGUCCGGCUUCGCGCAAGCGCUCGUCGGCGGCCUGCUCGCCGAGCAGUGGGGCUUCGAGGGUUACUUGCGCUGGCUCAAGGGCAUCAAGGCGCAGUACCGCGACCGCCGCAACACGCUCGUCGACGCCCUCCUCGACAGCGCCCACGCCUCGCUCGACACGCGCCAAGCCGGCGCCGCGUUCGAGUACUGGACCCGGGACGAGCGUGACGAGAAGGGCUUGCUCGUGCGCGAGAAGGGCGGCGCCGGUGCGGGCCGCAAGAUCCUGUCGUUCGUCAGUCCCGAGGGCGGCAUGUUCGUCUGGCUUCGCGUCCACUUUGCCGAGCACCCGUCGUUCCAGCGCCGAGCGACCUCGGACCUUCUCAUGGAGCUCUGGACCGACCUCGCCGAGCACAACGUCCUCGUCGCACCGGGCACCAUGUUCGACGCGUCCGAGUUCCCUCCGGCACCGCCAAAGGCCGACGAGCUCGCCCUCACCGACGCCGGCGACGGCUUCUUCCGCAUCGCCUUCUCGACGGCGACGCCCGAGCAGAUGAAGGAGGCAGCCAAGGUCAUCGGGCAGCGCGUCGAGAAGUUCUUCCGGGCUUAGUAGCACUUUCUGUGGAUAGUUCACUGUGUAACUUUGGCUCCCUUUGUUGCUCCUCGCU